GGGGGCUUUGGGGAGAAAAAGGAAAUAAUAAAAUCUUUAAAAAAAAAAAAAAAAAAAAAAGGCGUGUACACAGGAGGGUGAAGGGGCUGGGUGACCCUGACUGCAGCCCCGGUGAGGGGAGGGACCAGGCGGGUCAUCCUGGCCAACUCUGACUCCUGCUCUUGCCCCCACCUCCCUCUGUUCCAGGACACGCCUAACCCUUCCUGACAGGACUUUCCUUCCGCUUUUAUUCUACAGUUAAGAAAGCGGUGUGCAAUUAGAGCUCUCCAACCUGUUGAGGUAUUGGGGGUUCUUGAAGGCCCCCUAGGGCCUGGCUCUGACACAGUGUCUGCAAUUAAUGACGCUUCUUGAGCUCUAGAGACAGGAUUUAUGCAUCUAAUAAAGUCUGUAACUCCAGGCUUAGGGGCUGGGGGCUGGAGACUGAGAGCAGGAAGUCUGGGGGGUGCCAUGGGAGGGGAUCCCAGGUGGCUCUUAAUGGAGCUGUGCAUUUCCAUUGCCUGCACUAGAUUCCCCCUCAGGCUGUUGUGGGGCUAGGAGACAGGGGACAGCAGGUAUAAAAGGUGGGUGUGCCUGUAGGAAGGCAGAUAGGAUGGAUUCCAGGCGGGCAGCAGUGUUGCUGGUGGUGCUGCUGUUGAUAACAGACUGGGGCCACACUGAAGGACCAGGGGGCCAGAAUGAAGGAGACCAGAUGUUCGAGGAGGAAGACACCGAACCCUACCCACCGCAGGAUGCCCAGACCCCUGGGCCACUCCGGCGCUCCCUGCUCCAGGCCAUGCAGAGACCAGACUGGAGCCCAGCCUUCCUGUUUCAGCCCCAGAGGUUUGGCAGAAACACCUGGGGCUCCUGGAGUACCAAACGGCUGAGUCCUCGAGCUGGGGAGGGGCUGAACUCCCUGUUCUGGAGCCUGGCUGCCCCUCAACGCUUUGGGAAGAAACGACAUGUCCUUCCUUGAUAUUUGUGCAUGCAAAGCCCACAUCCAAAAGUGCCAUGUGUCCCCCCCAAAUAAAGCUGUCUGGCUUCUGAA